CGAUUCCUACCAUGACCACGAUAUGUGCUUGUUCGAGUAUUUUCGUAUUGGCCAGUAUUGCUCUAUCAAGUAUCGGAAUUCUUGUCAGUAUGGACGUUGUCCGGAACAUGCAGAGCUUUGAAGACGAAGCCUAUCUUCUUCAAGGCUCUCUCUUCCUGGACAAAAGGUCCUCUGACUACGGACAAAGCGAUACCGGUAUCCAAAAGACAGCAUUCGAACUAGAUACCAGAGUAGAGCAGUAUCCAAUACGGCGAGCCAGCUAUGAAAUUCCCGGCAGGAAUUUCCAGAACCUUAGUGUAGCUCCUGAAACGUUCCGCAAGCCAUUCUGGAGUAAUUCUUCCAGUUUUGACAUUGACGCCCCUACUAUUCUAGUCCAGCUCGGCGGUGAAUUGGCAAACCAACUGGGAUAUAUUGCUAGAGCUUCUGGAUUGGUUUGGUGGCUGGCGAGGGAAUAUGGUGUAAACGCCAACGUAGUUCUGAGACGGCAGGAGAGUACAACAACCAAAUGGAUCCGUGCUCGCACGGAUGUAACUCGCUGUUUCCCUUAUCUGAGAGACUUGAACUUUGAAGCCGGGUAUACAGAUGAGAUAACACAAGAGAUAAGUUUUCUGAAGGACCCUGCCCUUCAGAGCAAUAGUACAUCUGCGAGACUUAUCGAGGCACGGAGGGAAGGGGAGUACGAUGAAACGCUCCAGUCAUUUUUGAGUCUGUAUGCACAAAACCACACCAAUAUGGGAAAGAGGAAUGGUUACGUCAAUAAACCUAUUCUGGUAAGCAAAAAAAUGAGCGGCAAAGACCUCAUUGUGGACAAGUACUACGAAGAUAUUCGCAGAAUAUACCACUUUGACGAAAGCUGCUGUGUCGAUGUACCCGAUGCGGAUGAAUCUAUUUUCCACUUUCGCAACUUUGUAAGCGAAGAUUCUCGACUUGGAAAUGACGUAACAUGCAAAGAGCUAGCUCCAGACCAAGUGGCGAACGAGCUAUUUGCGCAUCUCAAUCCUGGAGACAAAGUAGCCAUUACUUCACGCUACCCCGAUGACUUUCGAACACGAAUGAUUGUGGAAGCGUUCGAGAAGCGCAAUAUUCGAGUUCGAGUUGUAGGGCCAAGGUCUGGGGUUGCGGACUUUUGCUUCUUGAUGCAUGCACAGAAAGAGCUGGUUGGAACUGCCAAGUCCUCGUUUUUGAUUUGGGCUGGCCUUCUUGGAAACGCUACGAAAGUACGAGCGUACACUGUCAACACGUCAGGCGAGCAGGGCACGUUCAACCGCUACAAAUACACCCAUCCGGAGCUUAAAUCCCGUUUUCGUUUUGAGCUCUACGCCGCGAAUAUUUCUGUCUCCGACUUGGUGCUGCCAAAGAUGUAA